AUGGACUCGAACCUAACAACUGCUUUUCAGACACCGCCCAAGCAAGAUCGUGAAGGAUCUGGUGACAAAAAAACAGCUGAUAAGGGGAUCAGAACUGUCAAUUCUUCCUCGAUGGCAACGAUUCAGGAUGACGACGAGCGGCUGUUGGCCAGGAUCGGGUAUAAACAAGAAAUGAGACGUGAGUUCUCGAAAUGGUCAACAAUAUCAUAUGCCAUUUCGAUAUUGGGGGUGUUAGGGUCUGUGCCAGCGACCUUUGGUCAACCACUCAGUGCAGGAGGACCUGCAACGGCCGUAUGGUGCUGGUUAAUCGGAUCAGUAAUGGCAAUGUGCAUUGGCUCGUCGGUUGCAGAGCUGGUUUCUGCUUAUCCUACAGCAGGCGGGAUGUAUUUUGUGACUAAACAUGUAGUUCCGAAAGACCAAGUCCCAAUAUUUGCAUGGAUUCAAGGUUGGUGCAACUUGCUAGGCCAGACUGCUGGUGUUUCGAGUGUUGCAUACACAGUAAGCCAGAUGUUACUAGCUGCUGCGAGUAUGAACUCGAAUCUGGAUGAUAAAGGAAAUUAUUCUUUUAAACCGACUGCUCUUCAGACUGUUCUGCUUUCAAUUGCCCUUCUUUGCAUAAUGGGUAUCAUCUGCUCUUUAACAACAAAGAGUUUGCAUCGAAUCAUUCUUUGGUUUGCGCCAAUUAAUAUCCUCGCAUCAAUUGGGAUAUGUAUUGCUCUCCUUGUUCUUACCCCAAACAAACAGUCAGCCCACUGGGUAUUCACCAAUGUUACCGAUGGAUCAGGAUGGCACUCAAAGGCUUUCUCUUUUCUUCUUGGUUUCAUCGCCGUUGCUUGGACGAUGACAGACUAUGAUGGAACCACUCACAUGUCCGAGGAAACCCAUGACGCUGCUGUCAGAGGUCCAGUUGCAAUCCAAACUGCGGUGGUGGUAUCUGGAGCCUUUGGCUGGAUGUUGACUGUUACCAUGUGCUUCUGCAUUACUGACCUUGAGGCUGUUCUCAAGUCACCAACUGGGCUCCCGGCCGCCCAGAUCUUCCUAGACGCUGGAGGUAAGACAGGCGGAACAAUUAUGUGGGCAUUUGCUAUCUUGGUACAGUUUUUCACGGGUUGCUCUGCUAUGUUAGCAGAUACCCGAAUGGCAUACGCUUUUGCUCGUGACGACGCUUUGCCUUUUUCAAAAGUUUUGGCAACAGUAAACCCAUAUACCCUCACCCCAGUAAAUGCGGUGUGGUUCGUCGUUUUCUUUUCCGUCUGCCUCAACUGUAUUGCCAUAGGCUCUACUGAAACCGCAUCAUCGAUUUUCAGCAUCACUGCCCCAUGUCUGGAUCUCUCCUACAUCGACGUCAUUUUAGCCCACCGUCUGUACAAGAAUAAGGUGAAAUUUAUCGAAGGUCCCUUUACCCUAGGCAGUUGGGGAGCUACCAUAAACUGGAUUUCCAUUAGUUGGGUGCUCUUUAUCAGCAUCGUCCUAUUUUUCCCUCCAAUUCAACCCGUAACGCCACAGAAUAUGAAUUAUGCUAGCGUUGUAGUGACUUUUAUUGCACUCUUCGCGCUUUCGUGGUGGUGGCUAUCGGCCAGAAAACGGUACACCGGCCCACGUACCAAGGAACUCCUUGAAGAAGUUCCUUCGGAAGAUUUCGAUACCGGACCGUAUGGUAGCUUUGGUGCCUAA